GGAAGCUUGCGUGGGCCAAGGGUCACCUUGGAAACCUGGAGUCUGGCAGGAGCGGCAACGGGCUGAGGGGCUGGCUUGGGCAGGGCUGGCAGGCACCUGGGAGCGUGGCGGGAGCAUGGCGUGGGCUCUCAGGUGUCCGGGAGGCACGGCGACAUCGGUGUGGGUGUGACGGGCCAAGCUGGGUGUGCAGAGGAAAGAAGGGGGAGCCAGACAUUCAUCCCGGUCAAUUUUGGUUUCAGGACGUGGCGGCUGGUGGACGAGGGGGAGCUGGAGAGGGGUUUGCCCCGGGCCUGGGCAGUGGAGGUGUAGCUGCAGCCGUGGGCAGGUGAGUCCCCUUCCCCUCCCUGGGCCUUGCUUCGCUGGCCUUCUCCAAGAAGGAGGUUUUGGGGAGCAAGGACCGGCGAGGAGAAGCGGCUGACCUCCCGACAGAAGGGCAGGACGAAGGCAGGGCGGUCGGCACAGGUGACAUCGUCUCGGGGGGAGCUGAGACUGAGCAGGCUGGGGGGCCGUGGGCCUGUCCCAGGUGGAAAGAGCGUUUCAGGAGAGCAGAGCGGAAGAUGAGGUGGGGCUGCCAGCAAGGGAGGUGCCAGGGUCACCACCUCCAGGGAGGUGACAGGUGGCUGCGGGGAUCCAGCACGUGUGGGAGCAUUCCAGGCCCGGGUCAGACAGGACGAGAAGGGGGACUCAGGAUUCAGAGGGUCCCCAGCCGCCACCACAUCUCACCCACCGCAAUUCAUUUAGUAGCAGGUACAGGAGCGGCUCUGGCACGGGCCUCCCAGGCCCGUGCCAGAGCCUUGAGGGCCGGAGAACGGGAAAGAAGGUGCAGUGCGCGGGGAGCCGCAGAGGGACGCCACCCGGAGGGAGCCGCGGCCGCAGGUACCGGGCUCCAGAGAGAUUUCUGCAGCAAGGAGGCUGCUGCGGGCCCAGCCUGCGGACGCGCCGUUCCCACGCGGCACUGCGGCCCAGGGGCUGGCGCGGAGAGGGCCCACAGUGCACUCGGUGACACUGUAUGCCUUCCCCGCUCAGCCCCCGGGACUGGCAUGGCAGACAGACAGCACCCAGGGGAGUCAAGGGCGCUGGCGAGACCAGACUAGGCGAGGCGGGCGGGGUGGAGCGAGUGCGAGUUCUUGGGGUAGGGAGGGAGGUCGGGGCACAGGCAGGGGUGAGGCGCGGGGCCUGGCCUCCGGAGCCCAUGGCCAAGGCGGGCCUCUGUGGGCGACGACGGAGCAGAGAUCGGUGCCCCUGCGCUUGGACUGGAGACGAGGCCAGGUCUCCAGUGGGGGUGGAUGUGCCGCCAGCCACCGAAGGCCGGGUGCCAGGAGGUGCUCAGAGGGACAUGACAUGGUCUGGUGUGACGGCGAGGACAGACGUGACGCUCUCCGGCCUUCCUGUCUCCUUUCCCAUAGAACAUUCUCGGCUGGCGCCGGGGGCGCUGGAACGCCCGGCAGGUCUCUGUUCCUUUACUUUCCUGAAGGAGCCAACACACUACUGCUGCUCUCUGGACCCCAAGAACCCUCAAAAUGACAAGAAAUGGUGCUACCCAGCUCAUGCCUGGGCCUUGGAACCGGGACUUCUUCAAGUCCUUCUAGCUCUGACCCGAGAAUAUGCUGCAUUCUGGAACCACUACACUACUUGACUCAGGAAUCGGCUCUGGAGGGUUAAGCUAAAGGAACAAGACCGACCUGCCACCAACACCAGCAGAAGCGAGCAGCGCCCACGGCAGCCCCCGCCCCACCUGGGGACACUGUCUUCGUCUUCGUGGCCACCCCUGCACGGCUGGAGACCACCACCGGCCGCCGCGCCCCUCACCACCACUCUGCUUCCUCUCCCUGCUCCUCUUCAACCUUUUCUCUUGUUUUUUCACACCUUUUUUCUCUCUUUCCUUUGCUCAAGAGGCUCAAAGCAUCCAGGACUCCGUUUCCCCCGUCCCCCCUGAAUUCAAUUUGCACUAAGUCAUUUGCACUGGUUGGGGUUCUGGAACUGGCCUUGAGUCUCUGAGCGAGUGUGCGAGCGAGCUGCUGAGUGUGCCGGGCCUCCUUCGGCCUGCGCUGCGCCCGCGCCCCCCUGUGGUCCAUCUCUCUCUGGGGGUGACAGGGUGCGGCUGAGUGUGUGGGGCCCCGCCCUCCCCUUGCCUAGUCUGGAAGCUCUGACCAUCGAGCAAAUCUUGAAGCAUUCCAUUGUCCUUCUCGCUGUGCGCCCCUCCCCACCAGGGCUCCACCAGGGGCCCUGGACUCAUCAAUAAACUCAGUUACAGCAAUUUGU